UUUUCUCUUCUAGAGCGGGAAGCCGCUGCUGCUGCUUCAACAUCGCUUUACACAUGUCAACAACCAGACUCCACAACGCUGAGACACACAGUUAUCAGAAGCUAUUUCAUCUUUAGGCAUUGUUAAGAAGAAACUCAUACCGUUGGAUAUCAACGGCAGGGUUUGUCUGACCAGCGGUGGAUAUAUAAAGAGCAGUCAUGCAGGCCUUUCUGAAAGGAGCGACCGUUCAGACCAGCAGACCUCAGAAAGACAAGGCAGCAGCGGGGCCCGGCACGGAGAAGAAAGCCAAGGCUGUUCCAUGGGUAGAAAAAUACAGGCCAAAGUGUAUUGAUGAUGUGGCCUUCCAGGAGGAGGUGGUCGCCGUGCUCAAGAAGUCUGUGGAAGGAGCAGAUCUUCCCAACUUGCUCUUCUACGGCCCCCCCGGAACAGGAAAGACCUCCACCAUCUUAGCUGCUGCCAGAGAGCUUUAUGGGCCCCAGCUGUACAGGCAGAGGGUGCUGGAGCUCAACGCCUCCGAUGAACGAGGCAUCCAGGUAGUCAGACAGAAGGUGAAGAACUUCGCUCAGCUCACCGUGGCCGGGUCACGCCAAGAUGGGAAGCCGUGUCCUCCUUUCAAGAUCAUCAUCCUGGAUGAAGCGGACUCCAUGACGGGGCCGGCCCAGGCGGCUCUGAGGCGCACCAUGGAGAAGGAGUCCCGCACCACCCGCUUCUGCCUCAUCUGCAACUACAUCAGCAGGAUCAUCGAGCCCCUUACCUCCAGAUGUUCCAAGUUUCGCUUCAAACCUCUGGCCAAUCAGAUCCAAGAAGAGCGGCUGCUGGAUAUCUGUGAGAAGGAGAGCCUUAAAUACAGCAAAGAGAGUAUAGCAGCGUUAGUGACGGUGUCUGAGGGGGACCUGCGGAAAGCCAUCACCUUCCUGCAGAGUGCGGCACGCCUCAACAUGGACAGGGAGAUCACGGAGAGCGCCAUCAUUGAAAUAGCUGGGGUCGUCCCUCCCAAGAUGAUUGACGGCUUGCUCCAGAUAUGCCUCUCAGGAACUUUUGAGAAAUUAGAGGUCGCAGUCAGGAACAUGGUGGAUGAAGGCUACGCAGCCACACAGAUCCUGGGUCAGCUCCAUGAGGCUGUCAUAGAGCACGACCUGAGUGACAAGCAGAAGUCAGUCAUAACAGAGAAGAUGGCGGUUGUGAGUAAGUGCCUGUCGGACGGUGCGGAUGAGUACCUGCAGAUGUUGAGUCUCUGUUCAGUCAUCAUGCAGCAGGCCUCCCAGCACAACUGAAGCAUCACACAGCAGAACUGUGGUCCGCUCCCAGCAGGACCAGCAUGAGACAGCAGCACUUCACCCCCAUUCAGCUCAGACCACAGCUGGGGAGGUCCAGCAGUAGAUUCCACAUGAUAGUGGUGUCGAUUACUGUCAGAGAACACAGCUGACAAUUUCUCCAUCUGUGUCUUCUUCCACUUAAGACGAUUACUCCAACGUGCUUAAGAAAUCUGUUACCAUCCAAUGUCUCUUUAUUCAUUUCCAUGAAUGUAACUACUGACCAACAUAUCUUUGUACACUUUUUGCAUUUUUGGAAAGUAAUAAACUACUUUUUGUAUAUUUUUA